CCGACGCUAAUGACCGAUGUUUGUUUUGCUACAGUUAGCAGUAUGCCUGCUGAACGCAAGCGCUCAGUAAACAUGGAUGAGAAAGAUGUUUGCUCCUUCAGUAACAAGGAAAAAGAGAAGGACAGAGAUGGUGAGAGAAGACCAGCGUCUGCUCGGGACAAAGCAAAAGAUGAGGCCAAAAUGAGUGGUAAGAAAGAAGGUGGCAAGGAGGAGAAAAGAAAGCGCCUAGAGGAGGAAAAGAAGAAGAAAGAGGAAAAGGAGCGAAGAAAGAAGGAGGAGGAAAAACAGAAAGCGGAGGAGGAACAGAAAAAGAAAGAGGAGGAGGAGAAGAGGCAACAGGAGGAGCAGGAGAGGAAACUUCAAGAGGAGGAGGCUAAAAGACAACGUGAAGAGGAGGCAGCACUCCUGAAGGAAAAGGAGGAGGGGCAUCAGCUGCACCAGGAGGCCUGGGAGCGCCAUCAGUGCAGGAAGGAACUCCGCAGCAAGAACCAGAACGCCCAUGAGGGUCGACCUGAAGAGGCCUUCUUCAGCCGACUGGACUCCAGCCUUAAAAAGAACACUGCCUUUGUCAAGAAGCUGCGUACACUCACUGAACAGCAGCGGGAUUCACUCUCCAACGACUUUGCUUCACUGAACCUCAGCAAGUACAUCGGCGAGGCCGUGAGCUCCGUCGUGGAGGCCAAGCUGAAGAUCUCUGAUGUGGGCUGCGCUGUGCAUCUGUGCUCCCUCUUCCACCAGCGCUACGCUGAGUUCGCUCCGUUACUGUUACAGGCGUGGAAAAAGCACUUUGAAGCAAGGAAGGAGGACAAGGCGCCUAAUGUGAGCAAGCUGCGCACAGAUCUGCGCUUCAUUGCCGAGCUCACCAUCGUCGGCCUCUUCACAGACAAGGAGGGUCUCUCACUGAUUUAUGAGCAGCUGAAGAACAUUAUUAGCACCGACCGGGAGACGCACACUCAUGUGUCAGUGGUCAUCAGCUUCUGUAAGCACUGUGGGGACGACAUUGCUGGUCUGGUGCCCCGUAAGGUGAAACUGGCUGCUGACAAGUUUGGCUUGUCCUUCCCUCCGAGCGAGAUCAUCAGCACAGAGAAACAGCAGCCCUUCCAGAACCUUCUACGGGAGUACUUCACAUCACUCACCAAACACCUGAAGAAGGACCACCGGGAGCUGCAGAACAUUGAGAGGCAGAACAGGCGAAUCCUUCAUUCCAAAGGGGAGCUGAGUGAGGACAGGCACAAGCAGUAUGAAGAGUUUGCCACUUCCUACCAGAAGCUGCUGGCCAACACUCAGUCCCUGGCUGAUCUGCUGGAUGAAAACAUGCCAGAGCUGCCUCAGGACAAGACUGUGCAAGAGGAGCAUGGUCCUGGUAUUGAUAUUUUCACCCCUGGUAAGCCCGGAGAGUAUGACCUGGAAGGAGGGAUCUGGGAAGAUGAAGACGCUCGUAACUUCUAUGAGAACUUGGUGGACCUGAAGGCUUUCGUCCCUGCCAUCCUCUUCAAGGACAACGAGAAGAGCGGCCAGGGGAAAGACAAGGAUGACGCCAAAGAUGGGAAAGAAGGGAAGGACACAGCCAGCACCACAGAGGAGCUGGAGCUGGAGCUGGAGGCUCUGGAAAUCACGGAUGAACCUCUGGAACUGGAGGGAGCAGACGAAGCGGAAAACGAAGAACUGGCCAAAAAACUUCUGGAUGAGCAAGAACAAGAGGACGAGGAGGCCAACACAGGGUCCCACUUGAAGCUAAUCGUGGACGCCUUCAUCCAGCAGCUCCCCAACUGUGUCAACAGAGACCUCAUAGACAAGGCUGCCAUGGACUUCUGCAUGAACAUGAACACCAAAUCUAACAGGAGGAAGCUUGUCCGUGCUCUCUUCACUGUCCCCAGGCAGAGGUUGGAUCUGCUGCCCUUCUACUCUCGCCUGGUGGCAACUCUUCAUCCCUGCAUGUCAGAUGUGGCUGAGGACCUCUGCUCCAUGCUGAAGGGAGACUUCAGGUUUCACAUUCGGAAGAAGGACCAGAUCAACAUCGAGACCAAAAAUAAAACGGUCAGAUUUAUCGGGGAACUGGCCAAGUUUAAGAUGUUCUCAAAAACAGACACGCUGCAUUGUCUCAAGAUGCUGCUGUCUGAUUUCACCCAUCACCACAUAGAGAUGGCCUGCACACUGCUGGAGACCUGUGGCCGCUUCCUGUUCAGAUCCCCCGACUCUCACCUGCGUACCAGCGUCCUGCUGGAGCAAAUGAUGCGUAAAAAGCAGGCGCAGCAUCUGGACGCUCGCUAUGUGACUAUGGUGGAGAAUGCGUACUACUACUGCAACCCCCCGCCCAUGGAGAAGACGGUGAAAAAGAAGCGGCCGCCGCUGCAGGAGUACAUCCGCAAGCUGCUCUACAAGGACCUGUCCAAGGUCACCACCGAGAAGGUGCUGAGGCAGAUGCGCAAACUGCCGUGGCAGGACCCCGAGGUCAAGAGCUACCUGAUCUGCUGCAUGGUCAAUAUCUGGAACGUCAAGUACAACAGCAUCCACUGCGUGGCCAACCUGCUGGCCGGCCUGGUGGCCUACCAGGAGGACGUGGGCAUCCAUGUGGUGGACGGAGUGCUGGAGGACAUCCGGCUGGGCAUGGAGGUCAACCAGCCCAAGUUCAACCAGCGGCGGAUCAGCAGCGCCAAGUUCCUGGGCGAGCUCUACAACUACCGCAUGGUGGAGUCGGCCGUCAUUUUCCGCACCCUCUUCUCCUUCAUCUCCUUCGGGGUCAAUCAGGACGGCAGCCCCAGCCCUCUGGACCCCCCAGAGCACCUGUUCCGCCUCCGCAUGGUCUGCACCUUGCUCGAUACGUGCGGCCAGUACUUUGACCGCGGCUCCAGCAAGAGAAAGCUGGACUGUUUCCUCAUCUACUUCCAGCGGUACAUCUGGUGGAAGAAGAGCAUUGAUGUUUGGACCAAGGACCACCCGUUCCCCAUCGACAUCGACUACAUGAUCAGUGACACCCUGGAGCUGCUCAGGCCCAAGAUGAGGCUCAGCUGCUCCCUGGACGAGGCCACGAAACAGGUCGCCGACCUGGAGAGGGAGGUGCUUGUCAAGCUAGGUAUGGCCAUGGGGAAGGACGGCCGCUCCAGCGCCAUGAGCGAAGGGGACGGGCUUGACGAGGAAGACGACGACGACGACGAAGAGGGAGGCGCUGACACUGAGGAGCAGUCAGGCAACGAGAGCGAAAUGAAUGAACAGGAAGAGGAUGAUGGGUCUGAGAACGAAGAAGAAGAGAGGGAGGAAGAGGAAGAAGAGAACACCGACUACCUGACCGACUCCAAUAAAGAAAACGAGACUGAUGAGGAGAACAAUGAGGUGACCAUCCGUGGCGGUGGACUGAAGCACGUGGCCUGCGCUGAGGAUGAGGACUUCAUUCAGGCUCUGGAUAAGAUGAUGCUGGAGAACCUGCAGCAGCGCAGCGGCGAGGCGGUGAAGGUGCACCAGCUGGACGUGGCCAUUCCUCUGCAGCUGAAGAGUCAGCUGAAGAAGGGGGGCUCCGGACAGACGUGCAUCGGGGAGGGAGACUCGGACAUCUCCGACACCAUGCAGUUUGUCAUGCUAACGCGCAAGGGCAACAAGCAGCAGUAUAAGAUCCUGAACGUGCCCCUGUCAUCACACCUGGCGGCGAACCACUUCAACCAGCAGCAGGCGGAGCAGGAGGAGCGCAUGAGGAUGAAGAAACUCACCCUGGACAUCAAUGAGAGACAGGAGCAGGAGGACUACCAGGAGAUGAUGCAGUCCCUCGCCCAGCGCCCGGCUCCGGCCAACACCAACCGGGAGCGUCGGCCUCGUUACCAGCACCCGAAAGGUGCUCCCAACGCCGACCUCAUCUUCAAGACCGGAGGAAGGAGACGCUGAUCGGAGUCUGGGCCCGGGCUGAGCGAACGAGCGAGCAAGAGAGCAAAUGAACAAGCGAGAGAGAGAGAGAGAGCGAGAGAGAGAGAGAAAGAGAAGAUCGGAGAGGAAACCGGUCCACAACGGGGAACGAGUCCUCCAGACACCCACUGAUGAUGCCGGGACCAGACCACACACACACCCCCCCCUGACCUGAAAACACACUCUUACCCCGCUGAGGGGCCCGAAGCCUGAGGAGGAGAGACAACAACCGGGAGCCUGGAGGGGAGGGGGGGGGUUCAGAGGUCAAAGG